GAGAAACCGGAAGUGAGGUCAGACACCUGCCGAUGCAGUAAUUCUCAAUGAGGGUCGAUAACUUGACGUGAGGCUGCGCAACAGAUUCUGUUCAUGAUGGGACUGUUACUGUAGUCAUGCAGUCGGUGCUGGACUCCGAACAUCAGAAAUCUGUUACUUCUGCUUCAUGUGCUGUUUGGCCAGUGGAGCUCAAGUUAACUCACUUAGACUGGAACUCGGACGCAAUCUUGAUACACUUCCAGGGACACUACCUUACCAUAUGUGAUCUUGACUAUAACAUCUUGCAAGGAGAAAUACAGAACGUACCAAAGACUAGCGCUGAAGUGGAUAUUGGAGCGUUUUGUAUUGUGGAAGAUUUAUGUUCAGGCCGCUGGUACAGAGGAAGAGUUCAGAACCGCAAAAAGGACUUGUUUGAGGUUUUCCUCAUCGACCACGGUAAUGUUUUGAGUGUCGACAUUGCUCACAUAUCUCUCUGUUCAAAUGACCUGUUCAUUCUGCCUCCCAAGAUAAUUUGUGGCUUUCUUGCAAAUGUGCUGCUGCUUGAUGGCUGUUCUCAUUCUGUAUUGGAGAAGUACUUCUCAAGCCUGAUCGGAAGUAAUGUCACAGGGUACAUCCAAGCCCUCUUGCCCCACAAAGUCCUCUUGUUGGAAGCCCCUGACAUUAACAAUGACCUUGUUAGACAUGGUUUUGGGAGGCAUAUGGACACAGAUACUUUCCUGCUCUUGGUUGGGAUGCUCACAGAGGUGCCGCUCAAAAGAAACAUGGAGCCAGUUCCUGACUUACUCCUUGAAAAGCCACGGGGGCAAGAAUAUAGCUUCAACCCAUCUAGUUUGCAGGGAUACAAAGACAUUCUGUCUCUCUGUGGGCCUAGACUGUGUUGUGGGACACGCGCUAAAGUGCGCGUAACUGCUGCCAUCCACCCAGGGCUGUUUUAUUGUCGGAAGACCAGUAUGGAAACAGAUCUUUGGGAAAUGUCAAAGAAACUGGCUGCCGUUAAUGAGCAACAAGCCAAAAAACACAACCAGAAGACUCCAGAAAACUUGGGUUUGCUCUGCUCCGUCAAAGGCAAAGAUGGAAAAUGGCAAAGAGGCUAUGUGCAGUUUCUCCCUGUCAACUCUCAACUUCGAGUUUUGUUCAUUGACUAUGGAAUAUUUGAAUCUGUCGAAGUUGAGAACGUGCACAGGUUGCCAACUGACUUACUUUCCACACCUGUCAUGGCAUUCCCUUGCUCGCUCUCCUCGCUGAGUGAUCGGGAUGAGGCAGUCAAGAGUCAGCAGUUGAAUUUUCUCAAGGCAGGCUUGCUUGGAAAAGUGUUAGAUGUGGAAAUUCGAGGUUUUGAUGAAGGGCAACAGCUGUACUCUAUCACAUUGAUUGGUGCUGAGGAUACUGAUAUGAAGGAACCAAAGCUUAUUCAAGAGCUUCCUAGCAAAACAGCAAAACAGGAAAAUCCAUCACACCGUGCCCAUUUAUCCUAUGAGACAAUCAUGGACCAAGCAGUGUGUAAAACACUUGAAGCAGAAGGGGUCCAUGUAGACUCUGUCUUUGUGGGCUAUGUUGAGUAUGUACAGAAUCCCAGCCACUUUUGGAUCAGAACGCAAAAGCGUAAUGAUGAGUUUCAAGAAAUGAUGAAGAAAAUGGGAGAUUCCUUCAAUCAAGUGAAACUGGACGACGACGUCCUUUUGAAUCCUGAGCUCGGGACACUGUGCUGUGCAGUGUAUGAGGAAGACAUGCAUUUCUACAGGGGUGUAGUGACGAACACUCUUGAGCAUGGAUCUGAAGUUCUUUUCAUCGAUUUUGGGAACAUUCAGAAAGUGCCAGAUAUAUUGAUCAAAAAGAUACCUGAGACAUUUGCAAACAAACCAGCGUUUGCCUUCUGUUGCAGUCUUGUUAAUGUUUCUCCGUUGGAUGAAAUGUGGACCAGUACCACCUCAGAAAUUUUCAGACAAGCCGUGUCAAACAAAGCCCUGCUUGUCCAUGUGGUCGAAAUCAGAAAAAAACAAUUUGUUGUUGAUCUCCAUGAUAUGGAAAGUGAAAAAAAUCAAAGUAUCACUGAGUUUCUGAUCUCUUCAAAAAAAGCUGAUUAUUGGAACAACGUUGCCAUAAAACCUGUGGUGCGAAACAACACAUAUUUGACAGAAAAAAAGCACCCAAAAUAUGGUGUGACAUCAGACACCUUUCGCAAUACAGAGCAACCGAAUGAUUGUGAAAAGGAAGAGGAAACAUGCAACAUUCAAACACAGAACGCACAAGCACCUGCUUGCUUCAAAGCCUUGAGCAUCAAGCCAGGGUGUAAUAUGGCUGUGAUCUGCUCUUACAUUAAGUCUCCAUCAGAGAUCUGGUGCCAGCCUCAAGAUAAUCUUCCAGCUUUGGAGGAACUGAUGGAUAAAGUCCAUCAGUAUUACUCCACUCGCACAGUUCCCGUUCGAUCAGGGGAUUUGUGUUGUGUCGCCAAAUCACCUCAAGAUGGAAGAUGGUACAGGGCCUUCAUCGCAGAUAAACAGAACGGACAUGCCAGAGUGAUGUUGGUUGACUAUGGUUUUACCAUCCAAAUCAAGGAGUACAAUCUUCAGGGAAUAAUACCUGAAUAUGUCUAUUUGGAAGAACAAGCUUUCAGGUGCUGCCUUAGUGGCCUGAUUGAACCUGCUGACCCAGAAAACAGUGGGGAUUGGGGUCCUGAUGUGUGUAAAACACUGAAAGAGUUAGUCCUCAACUGCACCAGUGGUUUAAGAUGUGAAGUUUUAUCACAGUUGAAUGUGAAGAACAAAGGGCUCUGCAAUGUGGUAGAACUCUACAACACCCAAACCCAACAGAGGCUAACCAAUUUGCUCUUGGAACGGUGCGUGCCAAGGAAAGGGCCGAUCUUGGCAGAGCAACUACCAACGAUGAUUCCUGAGUCCUUUGUGUACUCUUCACAUGAUUUAAGUCCUGGAGAUGAGGAACAUGUCUACAUCACUCACAUUGGCAUUCAGUGGGAAAUCUACUGCCACCUACAGAGAAAUGCGAAAGUCAUUGACCAGCUCGAACAGAAAAUCAGAGAGGAGAGUGAGAAAAUUAUACAAGCCAGUACGAGAGUUGUUGGGAGAAGGCUGGCCCUGGCAAAAUACUUUGAUGGCAACUGGUACAGGGGUUUGGCACAUCCUGUUCAGUCCCCUCACCACCUCGGUGUGUUUUUUGUGGAUUAUGGAAACACAAACGUAUCUGAGAAGACCAAUGUGAUAUCAAUCCCCAGAGAUUCUGUUGAUUUGUUGCACACGCCCAUGCAGGCUGUGAAAUUCCACCUUGCUUCAGUGUCCAAGGAAGAACUCUAUGCAGAUGUAAAAGAAUGGCUUGAUGGCACAAUCCUUAAUAAGGAAGUCAGAGCCAUCAUAGUUGGAAAAAGAAAAGAUGGUUCAUUUGAUGUUGAACUGUUUGAUGGGGAUAUUAAUAUCAACGAGAAGGUAAAGGACAUCGUUCUCAGUCUUUCACCGAAAUCAAAGACCGUUGUGAGUUCGGACACUAUCUGCACAAAGAAAGAACCUCACACUCUCCAAACAGGAUGCACAAAGCAGUCACUUAAGUGCAGGAAAGUCAGCCAAAUGCCUAGCAAACAGGGACGCCACAAAUCGAAAGCAUCGAGAUGCAAUCAAGUUGGGAGAGCUCUUCCCAAUGUGAUGAACGCAAAACAUCAUGUUCCUAGUGAACAGCGUCAACAUACAAAGGAACUGGACAUCCCUCAGCUCUCUUGUUUGCCAGAAAUGAAAGUGAGCGCAGGUUUCAGGGCGAUAUGUUUCGUCUCCCACAUUAGGUCAGUCAACAGCUUUUUUCUUCAACUGUCGGAGGACGAACCUGCCAUCUUGAAAAUGGGUGAAAAGCUAAAUUUACAAAUCUUCAGAGAUUCCUUAAAGCCUGCUCCAUCUUUGAGAAUAAAUGACCUCGUUCUGGCUGAGUACGAGGAAGAUGGAGCUCUGUAUCGUUCAGCUGUGAAGGAAUGUGAAGAUGGUUCCCGCUUUGAAGUUGAGUUUGUGGACUAUGGAAACAACGCAGUCAUGGGCAACGACAAGAUCUACUCCAUACCAAAGGAGUAUCUCUCUCAUCCACGAUUCAGCAUAUCAUGCUCCUUGUUGGACACAAGUAUGUACACAAGUGAUGUUUCGUUCACCGAUGCUGUAAUGGAGAAGCCUCUCAUGGUUGAUUUUGUCAGUCAUGAAGUUCAUUGGAAAGUGAAAUUUGAGAUUCUCGAUGGAGCUGUCUCUGUUCCAGCAGCACUGGAAGCAACUUUGGAAAGUGGCCCUGGAAAUGAAAGGGGAGAGGAGUCUCCUGCAGAUUCAUUUGAAAUGGAAGAGGGAUCAAGAGCCCGUGAGCAGAACCUCCUCACAAAAAAUUUGAGUGAGAAAAAAACAGGGGAAUCCAAAGGAACUACUGUUGAUGAAGAAAGCCCCAUGCCAAAACCAACACACACUGCACUGUCCCCUACAGUAGAAGAACCCACCUUAAACGAGGGAGAUUCAUUUAAGAGUUCAAGUACAUUCACAAUAGGCCCAGGGAAAACAAAAAGUCAGUGGGCCGAUGCCAUCAUACCUCUGUCUAUUCAGGCCAAAGACACAGAGAUAAGUACAGUUCUGUCUGUAAUGAGUAACAGCAACUUUUACGCUAAACUAAAUAAGACCAGUCCUCUGCUAAUCGCAUUAGAAAGCCGUAUCGCUGACAACGUACACAAGUGCAAGAUGGUAGCAUAUGAGGAUGUCAAACAAGGCCUCAAGUGCUUAGUUCAGGUGCACCAGCAGUGGCACAGGGCUGUUAUUCAAGAUGUUGGCUUGGAAACAUGCCAGCUCCUCCUUGUGGAUCAUGGAAUGACUGACCGAAUUUCAAGGGGGUCAAUCCGGCACCAGUGUAGCGAGCUGACAGAAAUCCCCCACCUUGCAGUUUUGUGCAAGGUGAACUGCAUUCGGUUCAGUGAGGGAGAGGCAUCUCCUGGGCUGUGGUGUGAAAUACUCAAACCAAUGAUUGGCAAAGAAGUCAAACUGGUGUUUGUGUGUUUUUCAGAAGCUGACAAAUUAUGGACGGUUGAAAUAAUUAUGAAUGGAGAGUUUGUUCUCCGUCAAAUCCCAACCUCACUGCGGCAGAAUGAAGAGUCAGUGCUGUCAACUGCCGAGACCCUAAGAAGUGAAAAGGCUGAAGCCGAAUUAAACACGGACACAAGCCUCCCUCAGCAUCUGACUUUUGUUCCUGUCGAUAUAGACACUCCCUAUUCAGGGUUCGCUUCUGCAGUGGUGACGCCCUUCAAGUUCUGCAUCAUUCUGGAGGACUUUCUUCUCGUCAUGAACAAAGUUUCCUUAUUAUUGGAUGACCUCCCUGAGGAAACAUCUCCUCUUCCUGAAGCCCACCUCAUCCCUGGCACCUGCUGCCUGUUUAAAUCCAACACGAAGAGUAAGUGGUGCCGGGCCGAAAUAACAGACGUCAACACAACAGUAGUCUUGAACCUGGUUGAUUACGGCCACUACGAAUGCAUCCCGUACCAAGACUGCUUUAAUCUGAAAAGGGCUCCUGAGGAGAUCGGAAACCUCCCAAAGGUGGAGUAUCCUUGCGUUCUGAGAGGCGUGAAGCCAGUUGGAGUAGAUGGACAGUGGACCAAUGGAGCAGCCGUCUUCUUCCAGCAGUGUUUGUUCCAGAAAAACCUUCAGAUCAUCUUUAGGGAGUUUGUAUUAAACACACACUGGAAAGUAGACAUUCUGGCGGAUGGUACCCAUGUUGCCAAGAAGCUGGUCGAUGCGGGACACGCCAAUUACAUGGACAUCACGCUAGGACUGAGGUUCCAGGAGCAGGGCCCCCGUAGAGCAGCUCCUGGUGGCCCUGGCAGUGAGGAAGAGUGUGGCCAGGAAGAUGGGGGCUUUAACGGGAAGACGCAUCGCUUUGUCGAGUCUACUGGUGAAGCAGAAGGGACGACAGCACUCAGCAUUGUGUCCGAAUGUCCUCAAGGUUUUCUGUUGUGAAGGCAGUCUAGUUGGAUGUUGUCACUAGAAUGAGCACCGACAUCACUUCGAUUCCGUUUGUUCUACUUUAUAUAAAUCCAUGCGGGACAAUUCUGGAUGGCUAAAUGUUAAGCUUCAGCACUUUAAGUGGCCUGGUUCUUCACAAAAAUAAUGCUGAUGGAUGUUUACUACAUUUUCCGUAACUACAGAGUGUUUAAAAAUAUAUAUGAAGUUGCUCAGUAAGAACUGCAGUGUUGGUUUUGGCCAGGUGAAAAAAUUCUAAAUUAUUUUUUCAUCCAAAUUACACAUUCCUAUAUUGAUCUUUGUUCAUUUUGAGUUCAUUAUUCUUUCCAGAUUAAAAAAAAAUGGUUUCAGCUUGGUGCCUUCAAUUGAAUGGAAAAAUUACUUUUCAGUUGCAACAUCAAACUCAUACUUCUUUUCCUCUCAUACGAUUUGUUCUCGUAACACCUGGAAGGACAGGUUAACUUAGCAGUGUGGGACAAUAGAAAUGUACAGACAUUACCUUUUAAAGAAAUUCCUGUGUGCUUCACCUCCAGAGAGCAGCCUCGAGCCAUGGCUGGUUCAAUGUAAGUUACAUUCUAGUGUUACAUACUAGUGUUAACUGACGUCAAUUUACAUUAAUUUUAGUGAAUGUACAUCUUACAUUACAGUGUGAGAUACUGCAAUGAUUAAACC